AAAGGGAUUUUAUCUGCGUUGACUUACAUAUCCCCAUUAUAAUGUCACAAUGCACCAUUGGAGUUGCAACUCCUGCUGCACUGCUCAGUUUGGGAAUGGAUGAACAUGUCUUUGUAAAGUAUAGAUUCAUUAAUAUAUUAAUUAAGGUACAAAGCAUCUGUCAGAUAUUUGAAUCCGACUGGUAUAUACUCUCUCUAGGUCUCGUGUUAUGGCAUGUCGACAAUGUGAUCAGAAUCUGAUUAGGUGUAUACCUAUCAUUUCUAAAAUUUUAUUCACAGUGAUAACUGCAUUUGAUUCUUUUACUUAGAGCAAGGAACAAUUGUACAUGAGAUUUGCCUAUAACAAUUGUUUAUACUCGAGCAUGCUGAUGCAUGAUCAGACCGAAAUAUUUUUUUACAAAACCAAAUGAAAAUAGAGAGCAGUUUAUACUUUUUAACAUGAUAUCAGAUUAGUGACUAAGAACUAGCUUGUUUUUUCCCUAAUUGUAAUUAAGGUAGAGUCCAAACCCACCAGUGUACAAUAACACACUGAACCCUUCCAACCCUUCCAUGUGCCAGAGAAGAAUGGCGUUCUUCUCUUCCUUUGCCUCACCCUCUCUUCCUUAGCCUACAGCAACCACGGCAAGGGUGAAACUGAAAAACACAAUGGUGCUCACUACCUUCGAUCUAAGGCUCUUAUCCUGGUCAAGAUUUGGUGCCUGCUGUUGGUCUUUGUUGGGACUUUUGCUGCAGGAAUGUCACCUUACUUCUUAAGGUGGAACGAGGCGUUCUUGGUUCUAGGCACACAGUUUGCUGGUGGUGUGUUUUUGGGAACAGCUCUCAUGCACUUCCUGAGUGAUUCAAACAAGACUUUUGAGGGCUUGACUGAAAAGGAGUACCCUUUUGCCUGUAUGCUGGCCUGUGUAGGGUUCUUGAUCACAAUGUUUGCAGAUUGUGUGGUUUCAUAUGUCUAUGCUAAGCAGAAGGACAGUCCAACCGACCCUGAAUUUCAAGGGAAGGACGAGGCUCACAAGAGCCAUGGCACCCACCACGUAGCAGCAGUUGGUUCAUUUGGGGACACCAUUUUGUUGAUCAUAGCCUUGUGCUUCCACUCUUUCUCUGAGGGCAUCGCUAUUGGAAUUGCAAAAACGAAAAUUGAUGCUUGGAAGGCUUUGUGGACAGUGUGUCUGCACAAAAUGAUUGCAGCCAUUGCCAUGAGCAUUGCUCUCCUCCGCAUGGUUCCCAAUCGUCCCUUCUUAUCAUGCAUGGCUUACGCUUUUAUCUUUGCCAUUUCUAGUCCAGUUGGUGUGGGAGUUGGGAUCAUAAUAGAUUCCACAACUGAAGGUUCAACAGCAGAUUGGAUGUUUGCUAUUUCUAUAGGCUUGGCUUGUGGAGUAUUCAUCUAUGUUUCGAUAAACCAUUUGCUUUCAAAGGGUUACACAGCUCACAAUGCAGUUUCUGUUGACAAACCCCAUUACAGGUUAUUGGCUGUUGUGUUUGGUAUUGGAGUAAUCUCUGUGGCCAUGAUCUGGGACACUUACGUCGCAUAUAUUGCUCAUCGAUCAUUCUCAAGGGUAUCUCGAUUUACUUAA